AUGGCCAUCACGUUCGCUGUACAGAAGAACCCCCACUUCCCUUCCGCUCGGUCCAUGACCACAGAAAAGAAUGUGCGCAAGUCCAUCGAGCCGAAUCAGCCUCGAGUCGAGGUCUGGGACUUCGAGUGCUUGGAAGACUUGGUCGAGGAGGAGAAGCCAACAGAUUCUUCUAAAGAUGGGUUUCCUGUGGAUAUGGGUAUUCUGUUCAUGGGCAAGGGCGGGUGGAUCUGA